AUGCAACGUGAAAAUAGAGUGCUUUUGAUCUGGAGGCGAUUGCAGUACUACGUAAACAACAUACGUAUGCCCGUACAUAGGGAUCCGACUGUAUUCUUAGAAACAAACGUUGGGAUAAUACCCGAAAAGAGGCACAGUCGCAGAGAGAGGAACCCGGAAUUCCUCAAAAGUGUUUCGUCCCACAUGCGAUGGAAGAUCAGCGUCCGGCACGUGCACCGGGCCAUUUUGCCCCUGUUCGCGUCUCGGACAGGCCGUUCACAGCGAUACAGAAAGUUGCCGUGGGACGCGACAGUUUGGGAACCGCGGGUGAUAUCAUGUGCGAUGUUCCGCUGUGGCAUCGUGACUUUUCUCCACAUAGCGUGGCCCGGCCUCGGGCGUUUACCCGGCCGGCCGUACCCGCGCCUGUUCCCCGCCUCCCCGUCGUGCCAUCGGCGGCGUCUCGGUCACACGGAAUUUGCAGCCACAGCAUAA